CGGCGGGCGCGCGGGGUAGGUGGUCCGGGCCGCGACAGGUGCCUGUUGCGCUGCCAGGCCGAGCCCGGGCGGGAGCGGGCUGGGCAGGCGCGCGGGUUGACUCAGCGCUUCCUCUGCGACCGGUCAAGUUCGGGCACGUUCCGAGCCUGUGGGGAAGGGAGCGAAGCCCUGACUUGUCGCGGGCGGAGGCUAUUUAAAUCGAGCGGCUUCUCCCAAACUGAGUCCACUUGGACUUAGACUCCGGUACAGGGUCGCGAACUAACUACGGCGCGUGGCGCGCGCUAUACCUAGCCAGGCAAAUGUGCAAUACCAACAUGUCUGCGUCUACCGACGGUGCUGUCAGCACCUCACAGAUUCCAGCUUCGGAACAAGAGACCCUGGUUCGACCAAAACCACUACUUUUGAAGUUGUUAAAGUCUGUCGGCGCUGAAAAGGACACUUAUACUAUGAAAGAGGUUAUAUAUUUUCUUGGCCAGUAUAUUAUGACUAAGCGAUUAUAUGAUGAAAAGCAACAGCAUAUUGUAUAUUGUUCAAAUGACCUUCUAGGGGAUUUGUUUGGAGUUCCAAGCUUCUCAGUGAAAGAACACAGGAAAAUAUAUACAAUGAUCUACAGAAACUUGGUAAUAGUUAAUCAACAGGGUUCUGGCACAUCUAUGAGUGAAAGUAGGUGUCACCUUGAAGGAAGAAGUGAUCAAAAGGACUCUGUGCAAGAGCUACAGGAAGAGAAACCGUCAUCCUCAGACUUGGUUUCUAGACCAUCUACCUCAUCUAGAAGGAGAACAAUUGAAGACACUUCAGAUGAAUUACCUGGUGAACGACAAAGAAAACGUCACAAGUCUGAUAGUAUUUCUCUUUCUUUUGAUGAAAGUCUUGCUCUAUGUGUAAUAAAAGAGAUAUGUUGUGAAAGAAGCAGUAGCAGUGAAUCAACAGGAACUUCAUCAAAUCCGGAUCUCGAUGCCUGUGUAAGUGAACAUUCUGGUGACUGGUUGGAUCAGGAUUCCGUUUCAGAUCAGUUCAGUGUAGAAUUUGAAGUCGAAUCUCUCGAUUCAGAAGAUUAUAGUAGUGAAGAAGGGCAAGAAGUCUCAGAUGAAGAUGAUGAGGUAUACCGUGUUACGGUGUAUCAGACAGGAGAGAGCGAUACGGACUCAUUUGAAGAAGAUCCUGAAAUUUCAUUAGCUUUACCAAAAUUUGGCAAUCAUUUUGAAGAUGAUGACUCAGACUUUGGAGGAACUAAGGACUAUUGGAAGUGCACAUCAUGCAGUGAGAUGAAUCCUCCCCUCCCACCACAUUGCAACAGAUGUUGGGCUCUUCGUGAGAAUUGGCUUCCUGAAAAUAAAGAGACAGUGCCUGAGAAAGCCCAGGUAGAAAAUCCAGUGCCAGUUGAAGAGGGCUUUGAUGUUCCAGAUUGUAAAAAGACUGCAGUGAAUGAUUCCAAAGAUCCAUGUGCUGAGGAAAAUGAUGAUAAAAGCACACAAGCUUCUCAACCCCAGGAAAGUGAGGACUAUUCGCAACCCUCCACAUCUAGCAGCCUUGUUUAUAGCAGCCAAGAGGAUGUCAAGGAGUCGGAGAAAGAGGAAAUACAAGACAAAGAGGAAAGUACGGAAUUUAGUUUUCCCUUUAAUGCUACUGAACCUUGUGUGAUAUGCCAAGGCCGACCUAAAAAUGGUUGCAUCAUCCAUGGCAAAACAGGACAUCUUAUGGCAUGCUUUACAUGUGCAAAGAAACUAAAGAAAAGAAAUAAGCCCUGCCCUGUAUGUAGACAACCAAUUCAAAUGAUCGUGUUAACUUAUUUUCCUUAGGUGACCUGUGCAUAAAUGUAGAACUAUAUAUUCUGUAAUAUAGCUAUAUAACUAAAAACUGAAACGUGAAAUCCAUUUUUAUUUUUUUACUUGUAUCAAAGUGAGAGAGACAGCCCAUGUAGACUCUAGUAAAAUUCACCUACUUUGGGAAGGGAGAUAAUACUAACUUUAGGAGAAUAAUGUCUUGGGUUUUUUUUUUUUUUUUUGGUCUGACAUUUGAUUUUUAUUGUGAUUUGAAUUGGAUAUAGAUAUUAGCUUAUCCUUAACCUCUGAUCUUCCCUUUUAAAUACUUUCCACUUUUAAACGAAAACUAUAGGAGCUAGCAAAAAAGUUCACUUGGAGAAUGUACUGCUUUCCCAUGUGUACAGUCCAGGUUUGAACCUGCCCCCACUGCAUUAAAGAAAGCUGUGGGGGCUGAGCAGUAGUGUGGCAAGUUAAGUGCACAUGGCACAAAACGCAAAGGACCAGUGUAAGGAUCCCCGUUCAAGCCCCCAGGUCUCCACCUGCAGGGGAGUUGCCUCACGGGUGGUGAAGCAGGUCUGCAGGUGUCUUUCUCUCCCCUUCGCUGCCUUCCCUUCCUCUCUUGAUUUCUUUCUGUCCUGUCCAACAGCGAUACCAAUAACAACAAUAAUAAUAACAAAACAAUAAGCAACAAAGUGGAAAAAAUAGCCUCCAGGAGCAGUGGAUUCGUAGUGCAGGCACUGAGUCCUAGCAAUAACCCUGGAGGCAAAAAUAAUAAUAAUAAUAAUAGUAAUAAAAAAGCUGUGGUCUCUGUUAUUCUCUCCCUUCCUAUAUAUAUAUAUAUUUUAAAUUUUAUUUAUUAAUGUGAGUGAUUGGGAGAGAGAGAAAGUUAGCGAGGGCAUCUCUCUGGUACGUGCACUGCCAGGGAUUGAAUGCAGGACCUCGUGUUUGAGAGUCCAGUGUUUUUAUCUACUGCACCACCUCCCAGACCACCUGUCUCUUCCUCUAAACAAUGUAAAAUAAAUAAGUAUCUCAUCUCUUGAGAAGUUAAGUAUGGCGACCUGGGAGGUGGUUCAGUGGGUAAAGUUUUGGAGUCUUGAGUUUGAUCUGAGUUCUACCCUCUAAACCUUAGGCACUGAAAUCUGUUGCACCAACUACUGUGCAAUCUCCUCAACUCUUGGUAGCAUCAGGAUUUGAACCCAUGCACCUAAGAUACAUUCUACCACUAAGCCAGCCUUCUUAGCUUUACACAGCACUUUCUUAUUUGUUGAAUAUGGAAUUUUGCUAGUGUUUUGUUCUUAGUAGUAAUGUAGGUUUGAAACUAUUUAAAACGAAUUUUAGAAACUAGUGAAUUCAAAAAAUAAAAAAAACUAAUCCAGAAAUUUAAUUAGCAGGAUGACUUUUUUUUUUUUUUUUUUUUUUUGGCUAACUGGGCUUUACCAUUCCUGACCAACUUUUAGAGAGAUGACAGGAGAAAGCCAAAGCCACCACCUGGGCUCUAACCUGAAUCAUACACGUGGCAAAGAUGCCUUCUUAGGUGAGCUAUCUUGCAGGCUCAGAACUUUAGCAGAACUCUGUGGGACAUGUGGUGGCUGGGUGUUAGACUGGAAGCCUAAGGCAUCAGAGUCCUUUGCUCUACCAGUUGAGUCAUUCCCCUGGCUGCCAGGAUGUCAUUUUAAAAUGAGUUAGAAAUGUCAUAAUGCCUUUAAAUUGUCUAGAAAUUCGAUAUCACUUCACAGGUGGACAUAGAUUCUAAAUUCUCUCUCAAACUACACAAGCUACUAUUUUUAUAUUUAAGAAUGAAUCUUCAGUAAAAUAGUAAAAAUAACUACCUUGAUUAGUGUUUUCCAUAUGUGACUAUACAGACUUAGGUGAAGAUCAAAUCAGUUGAACUUUAAGAAUUACAGCCGAGUUGUGGGCUACUUUUUCACAGCAGCCUGUGCCAGUUACUUACAAUACUUUGUAUUAAACUUUGAAAAUAAGAGCCGUAUGUAUAUACAUGAUUCACCUUAAGUUCAAUAAGUAAGUAAACACCAAUAAGUACAAUUAGCUUGGGAUUUACAAUUCAACUAGAACUAAGUCCUUCCUGAGAGCUGAUACUAAAAUGAGGUAAGCACUACAGUCAAGGUAUAUAUGCAGUAAUGCUAUUUAUAAGACAUUCAAGUCUGCAAAGUGAUCUCAUUUUACAUGUCUAUAUGCAUGACAUACAGCCUUAAAGGUCUAUAAAUGUUAAGGAUUAGUAUACAUGUGUUAAAAAUAAAUGAUUUACUAAAAGUUUAAGAAUUA